UAGUUUUUCCCCGUGGAAGCGAACGGCUGUUGUUCCGUUCCAAAUCAGCUGUCCUCUGCCAUCUCAGCCCUUACGGGAGCUUUUCAAUUCAUCCUGGAACGUGCAUCUUUUCAGGGAAUUUGUACAAUAAAUCCAUAAGAAAUACAGAAUAUUGAUUGUCUUAUGUGUCCAUAUUAUAUCCAUUAUAUUGACCGGGUAUUCCCAAGACGCUCGCGCUCUGCAGCAAGCCAGUCACAGUUGAUUGGCGCGGCGCUGUACAGCGAACGUAAACAAACAACUAAGCUAAGGUUAGCAUUUCGCUAAGCAUUACUUUUCCUCCUGAGAUCCCGCUAAUGUUGUUAUAAAGUAAAGGGAAACAAGAUAUCUAUUCUUGCUCCACCUCUCUCGCUUCUCUGCUUGGUGACGCUUAUAGUUUUCCUCCCUCGCUCUGGUAACGUCAUGUACGUGAAAAAAAACAACGAAGCUCAGAAUACUGAUUUAAGCUUUGAAUACUAAUUUUCCGAACGAGUAUUAGAAUAAUUCGGGCCAGCCCUACUAAUUUCUCCGCACAGGAUGUACCUGUUGAGAAGAGGGACAUUACGGGAUGGCAUUUUAAAAGAAGUACAAUACAGACAAUACAUUUAAAUAUUUAUAGUUUUCUUUUAUCACAGACACGUAUAUUGGUAGAUGUUAUUUUCUUUACCAUGACAUGUUUCGACGUAUAUACUUCCGUCUUCAUCAGAAGGUCACACGAGUGUAUUAGCGUGACACGUUCUUAUCAGCUGAUGUUAACGGAGAUCCGUUUUCUGGCUGGUGAACCACACCUCCUGCUGUCAGUCUGCCACCCCCCAGGACGGCACUCCAGGUAUGGGAGAGCAUAUAUGCUCCCUGAUCUCUGUUCAUUUUCUUCGGGCUCUGCUUUCUUAUUUCAAUCGCCUCCGUUAUCCAACGGUGGUAUCGGUUGUUUUCCUGCUUAAUGACUCUGGCAUUGUCCCAAUCCAUGAUGUGGUUCUCUCUUUUGCAGUGGUCCGUGAUAAAAGAAAACUAUAAAUAUUUAUCUCAAGUGUAGACACAAUGAAUGCAUUAUAACUAGACAAUACAUUUGCGUGGGGAUAACAUUUGAAUGUAACUCUUAUUGUAUAGUAAUUAUAGGGAUUUGCAAUGUGUGACACCAUAUAUACAUGAAUACACGCAUAAUCCCCUGUGUGUGUGUGUGUGUGUGUGUGUGUGUGUGUGUGUGUGUGUGUGUGUGUGUGUGUGUGUGUGUGUGUGUGUGUGUGUGUGUGUGUGUGUGUGUGUGUGUGUGUGUGUGUGUGUGGCGUGCACCGGCUCUCCCGAGCUGCAGUCUUAAGAACAGCUUUCAUCUCUCAAAUGAGGGGAGAUGGAGGGAGUUCAGGCGUAGCAAGAGAGAGAGAGCACAAGAGAGUUGGAGGAAGUGAGGGAGGGAAAGGGAGAGAGGGAGAGAAGCUGCUGUGCGCCUGCCUGUUCCUGCUUUGAGGUAUUGUGUGUCAUCUCUCGGCACUCUCCACUGCAGCCGUCUGCUGAAUAGUAAUCAGUGACACCAAGAGAGGAGGGGGAGAGGGCGCUAGCACGAGGGAGGCGAGACAGACGGAGAGGAGGUGGAAUGCUAAGCUGCCAAUCCUGCUGCAUUAUCCGGCCGCUGGUACAGAGAGUGGGAAGGGGAACGAAGGAAAGGAAGGGUAGCAGAAGAGACAGGAAAGAGAAAGCUAAUGGAAGAUGCAGUUCUGUAGUAGCAGUGUGAUUGCCAUCUCACGAGCAUUUUCAGCUGGCUUUGAUCGACUCCAACCUCUGCACUUUGUCCAAAGCUGAAAUCCAAUUCCACAUUGCUCAUCUGUAUGAAAUUCAGAAGAAAUACAGAACAGCAAAGGAAGCCUAUGAAAGUCUACUGCAGACUGAACGUCUCCCUGCACAGGUGAAGGCCACUACACUGCAACAACUUGGCUGGAUGCAUCACACCGUGGAGCAGCUCGGGGACAAAAGCAACAAGGACAGCUACGCCAUCCAAUGUCUGCAGAAGUCUUUAGAGGCCGACCCCAACUCGGGCCAGUCCUGGUACUUCCUCGGCAGGUGCUACUCUAGUAUUGGGAAGGUCCAGGAUGCCUUCAUCUCCUACCGCCAGUCCAUUGACAAGUCAGAGGCCAGCGCGGAUACCUGGUGCUCCAUAGGGGUGCUCUACCAGCAGCAGAACCAGCCCAUGGACGCGCUGCAGGCCUACAUCUGUGCUGUGCAACUGGACCACAGCCACGCGGCCGCCUGGAUGGACCUGGGCACGCUGUACGAGUCUUGCGGCCAGUCGCACGACGCCAUCAAGUGCUACAUCAACGCCACGCGCAGCAAGGCCUGCCUCAACACCGCCGCGCUCACGCAGCGCAUUAAGCUGCUGCAGGCUCAGUUGUGUAACCUACAGCCAGGUAGUCUGCAGAGUAAGAGUAAAAUGCUUCCUAGUAUUGAGGAGGCGUGGAGCCUGCCCAUCCCCGCUGAGCUCACGUCCCGCCAGGGGGCCUUGAACACUGCACAGACGCAGCAGGCGUGUAAGACAGAGGGAGGCCAAGCCUCCAGCAGCCAGGUGGACUCACAAGCCAGCCUCGCCAAGAGGAAACGUACCGCAAGCCCAGCUAAGGGUGCUGCUGCUGCUGCAGAUUCAUGGGCUUCCAGCCCGGUCCACCAGCAGAUUCCCAGCUGGUAUCUUAAACCACAGAAGCUUCAGCUGCUGGAUCAGCUGAGGUCCAACCGGGCCAGUCUCAAACCUCCACAGAUGCAGAUGCUGGAACAGCUGGAGAACCAAUUCUCCCUCAUGCAGCAACAUCAGCAGCAGAUGCGUCAGCAGGCAACAACCGCAGCAGACGGUCAGAACCGGCCCACCCUCCCAAACGGCCCCCUCGCCGAGACCCCCCGACCCCUCGCCGGCCUCUCCCGCUACCCCUCCCUCAACCCCUCGGCUCCCCAGCGCACGGCCAACGGUUCGUGUGCCGCGAGCCCCGCGGGGCCCCCGGGCCCCCCCAACGCCGCUCCCCUGGGCAACGAUCACACCCUGGGCCCCGGAGGAGGCGGAGGCGCGAGCAACGGAAACGUGCCUUACCUGCAGCAGAACUCUCUACCUCACAACUGCACAGACACCAGUCACACAAGCACCAGCAGCGCCGCCAGUAGUCCCAGUCACGCAGACGACGCCUGGAGGAGCCAGCCACGCAACAACACCUCUCAGGGGCUUCUUAAAGGUCCAGGUUCACAUUCGGCGGGUCCCAAUGGAGAGCCGCUCUCUUCCUCCUCCUCCCCCCACGCCUCGCUGCCCUCCUCCGGCCACGGUGCAGCCAAUCAGGUUGGACCUUCCUCCGGGCCCUGCACUGCCUCCUCCUCUGCCUCCUCGCUGUCCCCCACCUCCCCCCAGACCACGCCCAACCACCUGUCCUCGCCCCCCCACGCCGCCACUACCUCAGGGGCUCACACCAAAGACGCCGCGCCUUCAGGAAGCAGCAACGGCACCGCCCCGCCGACGGGGGCCGAGACCACCGUCGCGCCCCCCGCGGGGACGCCGCCGGGCUCCGACGCCGCCCCCGCGCAGGGAUUGACUAAUCACGUCCAGCCUCGGGGGACGAACCCGUCGACCGGCCUAUCGCAGCCGGGCUCUCCUGCCGCCGCUCUCAGUUCCGACAAUCCACAGCUCUCCGCCUUGCUCAAGGGGAAGGCUAACUCUGGCCGCAACGACGACAACAACAACUGCAGUAACCCCGCCGCGACGCCGGAGAGGGUCAACAACGUCCUCCCGGGCCUCCACGCCAAGCCAUCGGCCGAGCACUCGGCCGCCUCUUCCUCGCCGCAGUCAGCCACGUCCUCCGCCAAACCCUGCUCUGCACACCCCCGCGCCACCAACAGCCUCUCCUGCCUUAACAGCCCGUCCAAUGACCAGCCGCCCAAGCUCAACGGCAAGGGCCCCGGCGACUCCAGGAGCCCAGUGAAGGUGGAACCUUUAGCCACGGCCUCCUCAGGCCUGGCUCCCUUAUCCUCGGUUUCAAUCUACCCCAGUUCCAGCGAGGUGCUGAAAGCGUGCAGGAACCUGGGGAAGAACGGCCUGUCCACCAGCAGCAUCCUGCUGGACAAGUGUCCGCCCCCGCGCCCCCCCCCCUCGCCCUCCCCCGUGCUUCCCAAGGACAAGCUCAACCCGCCAACACCCAGCAUCUACCUGGAGAACAAGAGGGACGCCUUCUUCCCUCCUCUGCAUCAGUUCUGCACCAACGCCGCCAACCCUGUCACCGUCAUCAGAGGCCUGGCAGGGGCUCUCAAACUUGACCUGGGCCUGUUCUCCACCAAGACGCUGGUGGACGCCAACCCGGACCACCUGGUGGAGGUGAGGACCCAGCUGGCUCAGCCCACCGACGAGAACUGGGACCCCAGCGCCAGCCGGAAGAUGUGGCGCUGCGAGAGCAGCCGCUCCCACACCACCAUCGUCAAAUACGCGCAAUACCAGGCCUCCUCCUUCCAGGAGUCGCUACGGGAGGAGAGUGAGAAGAAGAAGGAGUUGGAGGCAGAAGCGGCCUCUCCGGAGAAUGCUGCACGCAGACGAAAAGGGCCUUUCAAGCACCUCAAGUUCGGCACCAACAUCGACCUUUCAGACGAGAAGAAGUGGAAGCUGCAGCUCCAGGAGCUGGCCAAGCUGCCGGCCUUCGCCCGCGUGGUGUCUGCAGGCAACCUGCUCAGCCACGUGGGGCACACCAUCCUGGGCAUGAACACGGUGCAGCUCUACAUGAAGGUCCCCGGGAGCAGGACGCCAGGUCACCAAGAGAACAACAACUUCUGUUCGGUCAACGUCAACAUCGGGCCCGGAGACUGCGAGUGGUUUGCCGUGCCUGAGCCAUACUGGGGAACCAUCAAUGACUUCUGUGAAAAAAACAACAUCAACUUCCUGAUGGGCUCGUGGUGGCCCAACCUGGAGGACCUGUACGAGGCCAACGUGCCCGUGUACCGCUUCAUCCAGCGGCCCGGGGACCUGGUGUGGCUCAACACGGGCACCGUGCACUGGGUCCAGGCCAUCGGCUGGUGCAACAACAUCGCCUGGAACGUCGGCCCCCUUACAGCACACCAGUACAAGCUGGCGGUGGAGCGCUACGAGUGGAACAAACUGCAGAGCGUCAAGUCCAUCGUCCCCAUGAUCCACCUCUCCUGGAACAUGGCCCGGAACAUCAAAGUGUCGGACCACAAGCUCUUUGAGAUGAUCAAGUACUGUUUGCUGCGGACGCUGAAACAGGUUCAGAUGCUCCGGGAGCGGCUGCAGUCUGCGGGGAAGGAGAUGGUUUGGCACGGCCGGUCCAGGGACGAGCCGGCCCACUACUGCAGCAUCUGUGAGGUGGAAGUGUUUGACCUGCUGUUUGUGACGAGCGAGAGCAACAGCAAGAAGACGUACGUGGUGCACUGCCAGGACUGCGCUCGCAGGGGCAGCGCCAACCUGGACAACUUUGUGGUGCUGGAGCAGUACAAGACAGAGGACCUCAUGCAGGUCUACGACCAGUUCACACUGGCCAGUCCUCUGCCUUCGUCCUCCUGAUGAACACAGUAUUGUUCUGCGGACCACUAGAGCUCUGAUGGACGGGGCGGAGCACUCUGGAAACCAUUUGUUUUGUUUCUGAUAUUCAGGAAGUUAGCUGGCAGUGCUCCCCACUGCGCUCUGUAGCUAUCCCAAAAGGCAGCUGUGUGAAAGCUGUGUGUCUAUGCAACCUGCCCCGAGCGGUCUGCCUCCCCCCAGUGGACUGGAGGGCCAAGACUGUUCUCCGUCACCAUGACCAGACUGUUCUACUGCUGGCCCAGCUGGACUUCAAGAAAACGAACAAAACAAAAACGACUAUUAAUAGAAGAAUGGUUUUGUAUAUAUUGUGUUACAACUGGCAAACAACAUCACAUAAAGACUACUGACACGCUAAUCGCCCCCCCCUUUAUUUUGUAAUCCGUUAGUGGCUUUACACACGAGUUUAUUCCCUCGCCCCCGUCAACCGUAACUGGCAUAGCUGCUCUUUUAUGUUAGAUGGCUAGAUGUCUCCUUGGACAGGAAACGAAGAAAAACUGUUUUGUAAUGUGAAGAGUAGAGUGACAUGUUGUUUGCAACAUUUUCCUCCUGUUUUUAAUGGACUUAACGUUUCCACUUAUUUUCGUUUGUUGGAACCGUUUCUUUUGUCGCUGGCUUUGCUUUUCUAUGGUUUAAAAAGGGUAAUUAGUUGGAAAGAAACUACAGCCAAGUCAUAGUGAAAAGUGGGUUGCACAUAGACAAAGGAAUAGACUUUUUUCUAAUUUUGAUGUAAAUUUACACUAUUUAUAAAUGCAUAUUUAUUGCUUGAAAAUAUUUGUUGAUGGAAUGCUGUAAUUUUUUUUUCCAGAGAACCUGCCAUUCAAUUUUGAAAGAUCCUUGUCACUUUGGCCGUGGCAUCUUGUACGUUUUCUAUAUCAACUGCUUAGUAAGCAUUGUACAGAGACCCUCCUUGAAAUGGUUUUAUUGUUUGAAGGAUGUUUUAUGCGUCAAUAAACAAAAAAAUCUUUAUUUAAA